AUGGCGAAGAAGAUAGAUCAUGAUCAUCCUUUGUUUCUGGGUUCUUCCGAUGUACCAACGGCAGUGCAAAUUGGGAUACAGCUUACUGGAAUGGAGAAUUAUAUAUUAUGGAGUCGGGCGAUGCAAUUGAAUUUGCUCAUGAAGAACAAAUUAGGAUUCAUCGACGGCAGCAUCAAAAGAGAUGGUUUCACGACUGAAAUUAAGAAGAAGCAAUGGGACAGAUUUAAUGCAAUGGUCCUAUCAUGGAUUAUGAGCAAUGUUAGCAAGGAUUUGGUCAGUGGAAUUCUUUUUCGAUCAAAUGCAGCUCAAUUUUGGUUGGAUUUGCAGGAACGAUUUGAUAAAUUGAAAGAUCUUUGGGAUGAAUUCGAUUCAAUAGUUCCUCCUCCAUCAUGCGAAUGUGUUAGAUCGAAGGAUUAUUCUUAUAAUAUGGGUAGGCAAAAGUUAUUGCAAUUUCUUAUGGGUUUGAAUGAAAGCUAUGCACAAGCUAGAAGUCAGAUACUUAUGCUAAAUCCCCAACCCAGUGUCAAUCAAUGUUAUGCCAUGAUUGUACAUGAUGAGAGUCAACGUGCACUAAGUGGUGAAUAUUCCGGUGGAGGCAUCACUGAUCCUACUGUAUUAUUGACAAAUAAAUUAGGUGGUUAUAAAUUUGGAGGAUCAGGUUCUAGAGGAAAAGGAGGUAGAGGUUAUGGAUCUAGUCGUCAACAAAGAGGAGGAAAGAAAAGGGUUAAUAUUGUACAAGCUUCAAGUGGAACACAAGCAGAAGGGUUUUUACAAAUGCAAGGGCAACAGAGAUCUGGAGUUGAAUUAUACAAUCAUCAGCAGCCUCAAUUUGGACCAAGCACAAGUACUUCCCUUUGUAAUAUUGCAGUGAAUAAUCCAGGAAGGGAUCUCUUCACUGGGAAAGUGAAGGAGAUUGGUGAAGAGGAAGAUGGAUUGUACAUGUUGAAUAAUCAAGAUCAAUUUCACAUAGAUCAAGGUCAUUUGUUGCAGCAAGAGGAUAUGAGGAUGAAGUAUUGUGGCAUCAGAGAUUAG